AUGCCUUUGACUGUGGCAAGGCGUUUGGGUUUUGAGAAAUACAAGGAGUGUCAUUUCUCUCUGAUCCUUGCUGAUAGAUCAGUUAAGCUUCCAGUAGGUAUGCUUGAAGAUAUGCCACUCAAGGUGGGAAGUGUGAUAGUUCCAACUGACUUUGUGGUAGUAGAGAUGGAUGAAGAACCCAAAGAUCCUCUGAUUUUGGGAAGACCUUUCCUUGCCACUGCUGGAGCUAUAAUUGAUGUGAGAAGAGGCAAGAUUGAGCUGAAUUUGGGUAAAGACUGCAAGAUGGUGUUCAAUGUAAAAGAUGUUAUGAAGCAACCAACUAUAAAUGGUGAGUCGUUUUACAUUGAAACACUUGAGCAGCUAGCCGAAGACUACUUGGAGGAAUUGGGAGUUGAGGAUAAGCUGCAGCUGGCUUUGACUAAGGAUAAUGAGGAGUUUGGAUGUCUACAAGCAGAGAAAACGAAGAGCAUCCGGGAUGGAAAACAGGUUGAGAACCUGUUUGCUCUAGAGUCCAAACCAAAGGAGGAAAGCUCUCAAGAGCAAGGCACGGACGAUGACUGGUCUGAGCUCAAGGCUCCCAAAGUCGAUCUCAAACCACUCCCAAAGGGGCUCAGGUAUGCGUUCUUAGGCUCUAACUCCACAUACCCUGUCAUUGUCAAUGAUGCAUUAGACCCCCAUGAGCUUGAAACCCUCCUUGUCGAGCUGCGAAAGUACAGGAGAGCUCUUGGAUACUCGCUGGACGAUAUCAAGGGUCUCUCCCCUACUCUAUGCACUCACAGGAUCCAUCUCGAAAAUGAAUCAAAGGGAUCUAUUGAGCAUCAGCGUAGGUUAAACCCCAAUCUUAAAGAAGUAGUAAAGAAAGAAAUCUUGAAGCUUCUUGAUGCAGGAAUCAUUUACCCUAUUUCGGACAGUACUUGGGUUUCUCCAGUACAUUGCGUCCCAAAAAAGGGUGGGAUUACUGUCAUCAAGAACGAAAAGAAUGAAUUGAUCCCAAGUAGGACAAUAGUUGGACAUAGAAUGUGCAUUGAUUAUCGUAAGUUAAAUUCUGCAUCAAGGAAAGAUCAUUUUCCUUUGCCAUUCAUUGACCAAAUGCUUGAAAGGUUGGCAUGUCAUCCAUUUUACUGUUUCUUGGAUGGCUACAGUGGUUUUUUCCAGGUUCCAAUCCAUCCAAAUGACCAGGAAAAGACCACAUUUACAUGUCCUUAUGGCACCUUCGCAUAUCGAAGAAUGCCAUUUGGACUAUGUAAUGCCCCAGCAACAUUUCAAAGAGCCAUGCUUUCAAUCUUUUCGGAUCUAAUAGAGGAAAUGGUUGAGGUCUUCAUGGACGAUUUCUCGGUCUAUGGCUCUUCCUUUUCCUCUUGUUUGUCUAAUCUAUGUAGGGUGCUGAAAAGAUGUGAGGAAACGGGCUUGGUUUUGAAUUGGGAGAAGUGCCAUUUUAUGGUGAAAGAGGGGAUAGUCCUUGGCCACAAGAUCUCAGAGAAAGGCAUUGAAGUGGACAAGGCAAAGAUAGAAGUAAUGGUGCAACUUGGGGAGCCAAAAUCAGUUAAGGAUGUGAGAAGCUUCUUGGGACAUGCGGGUUUCUACAGGCGCUUUAUCAAAGAUUUUUCUAAGAUAGCAGGCCACUCACAAGACUCUUAUGCAAAGAAACAGAGUUCAUCUUUGAUGAAGAGUGUAGCCAAGCUUUCUUGA